GCGAACACGCUUAUAAUGAAUUGACGCUUACAGCAAAGUGAAUUUCAUUCCCCAAGUCUCUAUUUCAUGUUGUAAACUUGACGGAUAUAACGAAUUACGCUUUUAACAAAGUACUAUUGCCCGUCCCUGGGACUUCGUUAUAAGCGUGUUUUACUGUAAUACAAUAAAUACAAAAAUCUCACAAACUUUUAGAAAGUAUUAGAUUUAGGAAGCAUGAUCUCCAUAUGAGUUGUUUAAGUUUACAAAUUUUAAUCCUUUUUUCCAUUAUUAUUUAUUUACAAUGCGUUUCUAAGGUACUUGUUAUGAGUAACCUGAAUUGUAAUGCCAUGAACAACCAGGUACAAUAGAGAUACGAUGCCCACAAACCUUUGUUUUGUAAACUGAGCUUGUAUAAUGUUUUUGGCUACGUCGGUUGUUUACUAAGUAUUAAUAUUCGUUAACACUUCAUUUGAUUUAGAUUUUUUUAUCAUUUGCAAGUUACCUAUCUUUUCAGUUUGAUAGUUUAAUAUUAUCUAAUGUUUUCAAAGUCUCAUUUAUUUUAAAUAUGGAACUUUGUAUCUGGCAAUUGUGUUUACAAAACAGGAUGUUUUUAAUAUAACAAAUAGUAUUAUGCUUUGUAUAUUUUGCCUAAAACUUUACAGUAUGACAUUUGAUAGUUUUCUGUCUUUUUAAAUGUAUGGCAUUGCACCUUUUUAUCCAUUAUAAAAAUUUUAAGAUAAGAAUUUGAACAUUUUAAUUACAUCAAAAUGUUAUCACGCCCAAUGGAUACGGGUGAAGUUUUAUGAUUUAAUCUUGAUACGUUGAUGAUGAGUCAAGAGCUGCUUUAUGUUUAAAACCAGUCAUUAUGUCAAAGUCGGCUUUUUUUAACGGAACGCUACAUUUAUGUAAAUCUGUGAUGCAAAUUUGAUAAAUGCCUGAUUAUUUUUGAAAGGUUCUGUAGAGUAAAAGAAAUCAAUGAUUUAAUUAUCUUUCCCUGGGUCUCAUUUGUUUUAGCUCACCUGAGCUGAAAGCUGAUAUGCUUUGGAAAAAAAAUUGACAAAAAACUAAGAUUCAUUUGGCACUUCGCAUAUGGGUAAAGUCUUGCAUCUUGACUGGUCCAUUCUUAGGUUCGUAUAAAUAAAUGUAUUAUAGCAUACAAUUAACAGGGAUAUUAUACCAAGUCAUGGCUGCCGUACAUCUGUUUACAAAAUUCAUGGUAUGGCUAACGAUUUAAUCCUAGUGCUUGAUAUAGGAUGUGGGCAAGACAAUAACAAACUGUCAACCAUCUCAUAAAUCCAUAAAACGAAAUACAAAUUCAAAACAGAGCAACACGGACCUCUAAAAAGAUAGAAGUAGGAUAAGGUGCCUAGGAGGAGUGAGCAUCCUCUGUUGACAAGUCACACCCGCCGCUUUGUCACAAUCGAGCAUGUCAUCGAGGUAAAUGUUAAAAUCGGGAAAAUGUCAUUAUAGGAAAAAAAACGAAACGUUGAUGAUUUGGUCUGUUUGCGAUGGUCAAAAUACCAACAUGGAGCAAACACGGACCUCCAUUUAUCUAAUCACUUGAUUAUUUGUUUGUGAUCAUGCAUGCGAAGAAAAAGCUGUCAUUUCCAAAAAUAGAAACCUGUCGGUCGCCUGACUUGACUUUUGUAUGACACAUUUCGGAGAUUUACAUAGGCAGGUCAAUGAUAAAGUGAAGGUGUAUACAAACACACACAGCUAAUCAUCACACCUGUGGUGCGUUUUCAGAUUAUAAACAGAUUUUCAUGAUUGAUGUACUAGCUGUUCGAAGAUGGGACAAAUUUUGCAAUAUUUCUCGAGUGAACCACCAGUGUGUAAAACUGAAGAGGAUUUACUAAAUUACGCUUGGAAGUCAGUGCGAUUAAAAUGUGUCGACACUCUUGUUAAAAAUGAAGUUACCUUGAAGAUGCGAGGAAUGUAUGGAUGUUCCGAGAACAAUGGAAUAAAGGUCCUCAAAGAAUAUACUCCCUUAGUUAUAGCAUGCAUGUAUAGGGAUUUGAAACUGGCCACUAAACUUAUAAAACUUGGGGCAGAUGUUAACCUAUGUCCCCAGGAAAACCGAUUUGCGUCUGAAGAGGGCGUUCCACCAUUGUAUUAUGCAACAAAUGCGCGAGAUGCUGAGAUGGUUAAAUUAUUGUUCAAUUCAGGGGCGGAUGUAAAUGGUCUCAAAGGUCGUCCACAGUGUUUGAACCUCCAGGAACCAGUAAACGAACUAUACAGUAUCUUUGAUAUCAACCGAGGAACUUAUUCCAGGUCUGCUAAAAGCUGUAGACGACCGCAAGCGUCUCUUCGAGAUCUCGUGGAACUUUAUCUAGAGGCCGGGGCAAAGUUAAACACCACACGAUGGGGGCCUUGUCUGUUUUACGGGAGAGGGAGAGUCUUUAAGGCCAACCGCCCAACGACUUUAAAUAUUCCUGGACCAUAUUUUAAAUGUGACACGGCAAUCCUACUUCUACAGCACGGUGUGGAUCCAAACAUGUAUAACCUCAGUGAUGUUUGGUUCCAGUUCAGUGGACACAAUUGUUUUCGCUCGAAUAAUGAUUGUGUACAGUUUAGUACUUUAUUGGAAACGUUUUUAGGGGCUGGGUAUCAUUUAACUAGCGCCGACAUAAACAAUCUAUUCAUCAGAGAAAACCUGAAACGUAUUGACGUUAAUGUUGAAGAACCCGUCAGCUUGAAACAGAUGUGUAGGUCAGCAAUAAGAGAACGUUUAAGGAAAAGUUCUAAAGAUACAACAAUAUUUCCAGCUAUUGAUACCUUACACAUUCCAUCCCAGCUGAAGGAUUAUUUAAAACUCCGCGAUAUCAUCGACAUUUGUAGCUCAUCUAUCCAUUGUAGAGCUAAUUUUUGAAAACGCAAUGCAAUUUGUUUCUUAUUUCAAAAGGCGUAAAUAAAUAUCUCGUACCUGAGAUUUUAUUGGAUUUCUUAAAGUUACAGUAGUCAGUGACUUGAUUUAGUUUUUAAAACAUUCCUCGUUGCAGUUUGUAGUUGAAAUCCAUACCAUUUACAUGUAACAAUUUGUAAAAUCAAAAUAUCUCUGAAAGAAAAAAGACUGAAAGGAUAUAGAAAAAUGGUGAUGUCACAAACGUUGAACGCUGUUAAGUGCAACUUCAAAAGCUACAAUUAAAGAUCACGUUUGUGGCUGUUACAGUGGCUCUUCAAUUAAUUUGAAAUUACCCAUUUGAUAAUACAGUAAUUUUUAUGUAUAAUUCACAUUUGCAGACAACGCUUGUUAUUCAGUUUUUAUGCACACACCGCUGCAGUUAUGGGACUUUAUCUUUCAAAAAAUAAGGAUCCAAUGCUUAAAA